AUGUCUGCAACAGGAGGUGCUGAUGGUCAGGGGGAAGAGAAGAAACCAGGGGAUCAGUCAGCCCACAUUAACCUCAAAGUCAAGGGUCAGGAUGGCAAUGAGGUUUUCUUCAGAAUCAAGCAAAGCACCCAGUUGAAGAAGCUCAUGACUGCUUACUGUGAUCGGCAGUCUGUCGACAUGAACUCGAUUGCCUUCUUGUUUGACGGCCGUAGGCUCCGCGCAGAGCAGACUCCAGAGGAGCUGGAGAUGGAAGAUGGUGAUGAGAUUGAUGCAAUGCUGCACCAAACUGGAGGGUGGGUGUGA